AUGCCGAGACUUCACGUAGUUUAUAUUGGGGAGAAGCAGCAUGAGGAUCCUGAGCUUGUAACCAGUUCACAUCAUGAGAUGCUGGCAUCAGUUGUUGGGAGCAAAGAAGCCGCCAUUGACUCAAUAGUCUAUAGCUAUAAACAUGGCUUCUCUGGUUUCGCAGCCAAGCUUACAGAAUCUGAAGACAAGGAGAUUGCAGAGUUACCCGGAGUUGCUCAUGUCAUGCCUAAUAGCUUUCAUACACUACAAAAUACAAGGAGUUGGGAUUAUCUAGGCCUCUCUUCUCAUUCUCCCACCAAUCUUAUGCAUGACACAAAGAUGGGAGAUGGGAUUGUCAUUGGUAUAAUUGACACAGGAAUAUGGCCAGAGUCAAAAAUGUUAAAUGAUGAGGGGGUUGGGCCAAUCCCAACCCGUUGGAAGGGUCGGUGCGAAUCAGGAGAACACUUCAAUGCCACAACAGACUGCAACAAAAAACUUAUAGGAGCAAAGUGGUUCAUAGAUGGUUUCCUUGCUGACAAGGAACAGCCAUUCAAUACCACUGAAUUCCCAGAGUUCUUGUCACCUAGAGAUGCAAUGGGACAUGGCACACACACUGCCACAACCGCUGCUGGUUCCUUUGUGGCCAAUGCAAGUUACAAAGGCCUCGGCCUAGGAGUAGUUAGAGGUGGUGCACCCCGGGCUCAUUUGGCCGUGUACAAGCCAUGUUGGUAUGCACCAAUUGCAGUGUGUACUGCGGCUGAUAUGCUGAAAGCUUUCGAUGAGGCUAUUUAUGAUGGGGUUGAUGUGUUGUCACUGUUUAUGGGAAACUACCUUCCUAAGUUCGCAGAAGUUGAUAAGCGUGACGCAAUUUCCACAGGCUCAUUCCAUGCCGUGGCCAAGGGUAUUAGUGUUGUUUGUGCUGCAGACAAUACUGGACUUUAUGCUCAGACAGUAGGGAAUGUAGCACCCUGGAUCUUAACUGUGGCAGCUACCACCAUUGACAGGUCCUUUCCCACAGCCAUCAUGCUUGGGAACAACAUAACUCUACUGGGGCAAGCCAUGUUUGUAGGAAAAGAGGUUGGUUUUACUGGUCUGGUGUAUACAGAGGUCCCAGAACUCUUCCCUACAACAGCUGGUGUCUGCGAGUCCCUGUCACUUAAUAACACACCUGUGGCCGGAAAUGUAGUCCUUUGCUUCACAACAGUGCCCGGGCCAGCACAAGCAAUAAGCGCUGUAUCCGCUGUGAGAAGUAGGGGUGGGGUUGGGGUGAUUAUUGCAAGGCAUCCUAGUAAUCUCUUGGCUCCAUUCAGCAAUGACUUCCCAUGCAUUGCGGUAGACCAUGAACUUGUCACCCAGAUACUGCUUUACAUUCGUUCCACCAGAUCUCCUGUAGUAAAAUUGAUCCCUUCUAAAACACUGGUGGGGAAGCCUGUAUCAACCAAAGUUGCCUACUCUGCUAGAGGGCCUAAUUUGAUCGCUCCAGCCAUUUUGAAGCCGGAUAUAGCUGCACUCGGUGUGAGUAUAUUAGCAGCCAGUACUCCCUCUGAUCCUGUUAUGGAUGGAGGAUUCGCCUUUCAUUCAGGGACAUCAAUGGCAACUCCCCACAUUGCAGGCAUUGUGGCACUUUCAAAAGCAUUGCAUCCUGAUUGGUCCCCUGCUGCAAUCAAAUCAGCACUAGUAACAACAGCAUGGAAGACUGAUCCAUUUGGAGAGCCCAUAUUUUCUGAAGGAACGCUGCAGAUGCUCGUGGAUCCAUUUGAUUACGGAGGAGGACUACUAUCUCUCAACUUGUUGGACAAGCCACAGCAUGUCCCAUUAUUAUGCCUUCCAUUCUGGAUGUGA